GACAACCUGAGUUGCGUUCCCUAGCCUCCUAGCUUGGGCAUCUCCAUAACUCGGUCGCACCAACGAGAGCUGCUGUUAGUCGAAGGUCACCUGGCGACGUACCAUGGCCGACGUUGAAGAUAUCACUGCACAAUUUGCUACGGCGUGGCAGCGGGCAAAGGAAUAUCCUCUGACCGUUUUGAGAACCGAGGUCUUUGGCCAUACGCUGAAAUCUUUGCAAGAACGCCUAGGCCAGGAUGGCUUAUUCCGCCCAUCUUCCAAGAUGUUGGCCGUGCGCGAUAUACAAGUGACGGCUACUGAGUUCGACCGAGGACGGUUUCUGAAGAGUGUUGAUGAUUUCGAAGCUCUACUCGACCCAGAGGAGAAGGACCCCUGGUGGCGGUUCAUUUUCCUACGCGCACACUCCUCAAGGGAUUCUCUCGGUUGCUCUAGAGAACAGCUCGCGAUGCUGCUGACCUACCAUCAGGUGAUGCCCUCGUUCCUGGACUUGGUCUUCACCUUCAGGGCCCGGAGCCGGCCACUCAACUACGCCCUCUUCCGGCAAGAAAACUACCUCGACAAGAACGCACCGUCCCUCCCGCUGCCGCAUUUGGGGAGAUCGGGCAUACAGGUGCAGCACGCUUUCAACCUUCUCACGGUUGAGAAGAGUGACCAGGCUCAGGAGAGAAACCAGUGGCCGCUGCGCCACGCGGCUUUGUAUCAUUCUCUCGACUUGCAGACCGGCCGGGCCGUCUACAUUCUCUUAAAAGGCGAUUCCGGGUUGGCAAGCCGUAUAAAACAUGCAACAGAGACCAACCGACAUUUGCGGCCCGACUCGCCGAGGACGGCAGAGCAAUCCUUCAUAGCGAGCCUGCAAGUUCACCUCAUCAUGCUCGAGUGGAGCGUUGAGAACUGGAGCGAAUACGUCGACAGCAUGGAAGACACGCUCCGAUCCCGGUCCGUCGAGGCCAAGGUUGCUCCCGUGGCGACGGUGACCAGCCCGGUAAACCUCGCACAAAGCUUGCAGCGCCGAGGCAGCAGCUUCCCCCCGCGAGGGCCUUCGCGAACGUUCUCCCGCCAGGGCACCGUACACGUUCUGACAUCUCAGCCGGCCACCAUGAGCCGUGACAACAGCAACCCGCAGGAUAUGCUCCGUGAGCAGCCGUCGGAGCCGAAGAUGCCCUCGUCACCCACGUCACCCACGUCCCCCGCUUCCCCCGCGCCCUCCAGGUUCCCCCUGCCGCCGAUCCGAACCAUGAGCCGACGAACCUCGUCGUCCGGCUUCCCAACUCGCGCCGUCCGUCGGACGCUCUCGGGCAUCGUUCGGCGCGUUUCGGGGGGACUAGAGAACGGGGCGGCUUCGAUCCAGCAACAGGAGGCUGCCGAGGGAGAAGAAGAGUCGGACGAGGUGAUCAGCCAGCUAGCUGAGCUUGAGAACCGAUUCUCGUUCAACGAGCUGCAGAGACUCAGCCUGACGGCCGACGAGAUCAACCGAUCCAUCCUGGCGCUGGAGCAGAGCAGAGACGUCAUUGUUCAGGUCCAAGACCAGUACCGGGCCGUCAUGUCGUCCCAUGCCUUCAGGAAGCUGCUGGACGGGAAUAAGUGCAAGACCGAGGCGGCCGUCUUCUUCCGUCGCGUGAACCGCAUCCUCCACGACAUGGAAGUCCACCGCCGCCGCCUGCUGGACCUCGCCCGCACCGCGGAGCACGACAAAUACAUGUUCGAGUCCCUCAACCAGCACACCAGCAUUCAGACGUCCAAGGCGUUCCAGCUCGUGGCCCACACAUCGAGCGAGCAGAUGAUGCAGUGGACGCUCAAGAUGCACGAGAUUGCCGUCAAGACCAAAAAAGAGACGCUGUCGAUGCACGUCAUUACCAUUUUCACCCUCAUCUUCCUCCCGGGGACAUUUAUUGCUACAUUGUUCAGCAGCGGCGUGCUGCGAUGGGAUGAGGACGGCACGCUCGGGUCCGACUGGGUCGUGCGCCGCGACGGUAUCCGCCUCUUCCUGUCCAUCUGCCUGCCACUGACUGCCGUCACCGUCUCCAUAUGGGCCGCCAUGUACGGCGCCGCCCGCCGAUGGGCCAGGCGCCACGGCAGAGACGUCGGCCUUCCCGGGUAUGCCGACGAGAGAGGUAUCGUCGUCGCCGCGGGUCCGCAACAACAGGCGACGCCCCGAGGCGAGAAUCGACCGCGUCGCACCUCCGCGAUGGCGGCCGUCACCAAUCCAGACCCUUUUUUUCGGUUCUCCGAGUUUGUCAACGAGGCCAAGUCCAAAUACGUGGGACAUGAUAUUGCCGGAAACGCCAAACCAUACGUACCGCUGAGCGCCCUAUCCAAGUACUGGACGCCGCAUCGGAUCUCCAGCGUGCUUCGUGCCAUCCCGGGUCGUCUCAACGUCGACCCCGGCCUCAUCCGCUCGUCGUACCUGCGCAUAUUUUCCACCCUCGUAUACACCGGCCCGGACACCGUUGGCAGCCUAACGAAUUUGUCUAUCAGCCGCAACCUCGAUGACGAUUGCUUCCCGCGGCACACCCGACCCAACGAAUGGCCGGACGAGGCCUUCUUCUGCAAAUUCUUCGACAGCAUCGCGCCGCACCAAUGGCAGUUCUUUCCGUUGCCCUUCCAUCCCCAUAAGCUCCACGACCGUCAUCUCCACAAGGAAUACAUCCUGCCCAUCGACCCCGUUACGGAAAUCGACCACAGCAGCGCGGCGAGCAUCCAAAGAUUUGACAUUCACGCUGAGUAUAACGACCUGUCACCCAAGGACGAGCACGGCCGUCCCACCCGUUCAACCUUUGUCCUCAAAAUAUACCACGGACGGAAGCACGAGGCUUCGUAUGAAAACGAGUACCGUGUGUUAGACCAGCACCGGCGCAACCGGUCUCCGAAUGUAGUUGAGUUGUACGGCUCUUUCCGUCAGCUCGAAUCCUACUGUCUGAUACUGGAAUACGCCAACGCCGGUAAUCUGGGCGAAUAUUUUGAGAACUGCCAGCCGCCCCGCACAGUCGAGGAUGUCGCUGCCUUCUGGAAGAGCCUCUUCCAGGUCUUUCAGGGCCUGGAGAGGAUUCACCAACUCAUGCUGUACGAUGGAGAAGAAUAUAUCAAGGGCAUCCACGAGGAUAUCCGACCGGAAAACAUUCUCCUCAUCAAGGGCCUGUUUCCCUACCACUUUGUCCCGAAGGUGGCCGACUUCGCCCUCUACAGCCGCGUCAGGACGGUGAAAUCGAGGUCGAGCGGGUCCGGCUUUGGACUGGAUCGCUACGGCAACCAGCGGUUCAGUCAGCGGCACAAGGGCAUCAACAUGAUCACCACGCUGGCCGAUAUCUUCUCUGCCGGGGCCGUUCUCAGCCACGCCGCCGCCUGGGUGGUCGGAGGCAAAGGGGAACAACAGCGAUACUUCAAGCAGCGCAAGGCCUAUCACGACAAGAAUCAUUCCCUGUUCAAACACAGCGGCUACGAGGGCUGCUUCCACGACAGCAUCGAGCCGAUACCCGUCGUUGCCCAGCACCACCAGAGCUUUCUUCGGCGCCUCAUGCCCGGGGACGACGUCACCCCGAAAGUGAUUGAGCUGAUUGACCGAUUCAUGCUCAGGCAGUCGAACGACCGUUUACCGGCGAGGGACCUCCAUGAGAGGUUCGAGCAAUUUCUCGCCAUCCGGUCUCUGGCGUCGCCGUCCUCCCUGACGCCCAGCACCACCGCCGUCACCACCGACGCGACGCCGCAAUCUUCUUGCUGGUCCGUGCAGGUCGCCGCGUCACCAUCAACGACGAACGGUCGGAUCAUCUCGCUCCCGGCCGACCCUCCCUCCACCGCCGCAGCCAAUCCGGAUCCCACUACGAGGCCUGCUCUGCGGGUUCUUGUAACGUCUCACGACGACGGCACGACGGCAUCGACGGUACCGACGGCGGAACCGACGGCCAGAGCAUCCGCCCCGCCGUCCCCCGUCUCCCCCGCCACCACGCCGGGCUCCCAGAUCGGCGUGUCCGAGAUCCAUCAGUACAGGUCGGACGUCCGGCAGGGGCGGCCCGCGGACCCGAGAACGGCGCAGCUGAUUGAGUACCUGGAACACAGCCUCAGCGGGCGUGACCAGUUCUUCUUCGUUGACGACUCGCGCAGCAUGGGGCAGCUGGGGCGGAAGACCAUCGCGGACGGGUUCCAGGCGCUGGCCUGCCUGGCCAAGCGGCUGGACCCGAACCGGGUCGAGCUCGCGUUCGCGUCACAACCGCGCCGCGUUUACCGGGCCCGGCACACCUCGGACCUGCACCAGCGCGUCGCCGACUGCGCCUACAAGGGCGAUGGCCGUCUGAUGGAGGCCCACCUGGGCGAUCUGAUCGACUACAAGAUCAUCCCGCGCCUAUCCUACCGCCUUCUCGGCAUCAACAUCAACCUAUGGGCUCGACACAAGGUCAGCAUCUACGUCCUCACCGACGGGAACUGGGGCCCCGCCGACUGCGGCGGGGACGCCUGCGGCGUCGAGCGGCCCGUCCGGAGACUCAUCGAGGAGCUCCGGAAGCGCCGCCUGGAUCGCACCCAGGUGAGCCUGCACUUUAUCCGCUUCGGCAACAAGGAGAACGGGCGGAAACACCUCGAGCGGCUGGAUGAUUUUGGGAGGCAGGACGGUUGGGAUAUCGUCGAUGUUAAACAUAUCGAGUCGGACGUUGCCAGCAUGAUCAUCGGCCCUUUAAGCCGCGCCAACGACGAUAUCCAAGCGACCUGAUAGUCCAUGAGGGGAAUUUUAGGGUCGUUUGUGGGGGUGCUAGGGCAGCGCCCUUUUGUAUCUUUCUUUUUCCACUCUCUUUUUCUCUCUUUCUCUCUCUCCCUUACUCUCUAUAUUUCUCUUUUUCUUCUCUUUGUGACAGAGAUUCUUUCUUUUUUCCCUUGCUUUUUUGGGGUAUUCUAGAGUCGGGCGUGUGACACGAUGAUACCAGUGGGUCGGUGUUUCAUACCAGGUGGUGUGAUUGUUCUCGAACUCGUUGAUUUUUGAGGCACUGAAUGUAACUAUGUGCAUGCGUGGAUUACAUAAGGUAGGUACCUAGGUGUAUGUAAGUACUCAUAUGCCGGUCGAUGUCAAGAUCUCGGUUUGUUUUGCUAUCUCUCAUACCGACCUUUUCUGAAUAUGCAAGCGCCAUUUGCUCUGGGGCGUGUCUGUAUCAUA